AUGGGACAGUUGGAUGUUGAUCCUGCACUGUCCCAGCCUGCAUCUCCUGGACUUCUGGGUGACCUCGCGCCUGACCUGCCGGAACCUCCGGCCCUGUGGGACCUCACUGUAGAUUAUCACGGGUCAUCUCUGGUGCCCGCCUUCGAGGAAACACCCCCCCUCCGCCUCGCCUACCUUCAUUCCGUGCUGGCGAAUGUCUUCGAGCACUCUCCAAUCUUGGACGCUCAGAGACGACUCAAUGACGAGCUCGCGGUCAUCCAACUGUGCCUCGGAACAUUGCCCACCACUCCUCGCAAGCCGGCGCGCUCUCUGGUGACUGCGCGCAAGCGGCUCGGUCUCAACGUCAAUGACUAUAUUGAGACAAAAGCGGUUUGCACAAAAUGUUUCAAAAUUUACUCAACUGACAAUAUUAUGGCGCUCGAAUCCCCCCAAUGUACAGUACACAGAUGCCCAGGGAUCAUAUACAACGAGACCCGCAAGCGCAGCGGACCAUUAAACAUGGAAGAAGACGAUCGGGCGUUCAGACGGGUGCCUGCAAAGGUCGCCACCUAUGCUCCCCUCCUCAAGGUCCUUCCGCGUUUCUUCCUUCGAGAAGAGUUUGUUCGAGAUCUGGACAGGACUACUGAUAUCACACCUCACGACGUUUUAGGGAAAAAUGAAUACAUGUACGAUUUUCACGAUGCGGAGGCGUACCGCUCAACACUUCUCGAUCACGCGCGCACGGUCCAUCAAGAUGGGAGCGUUCAAGACAUCAAAGUUUUUUCAGGCGCGCGGCGUACACUACGCUCUGUCCGAUACGGACAGAGUUUCACCCUUAACCUUGAUUGGUUUGGGGUGACAGAGGGACGGCCGCACUCAGUUGGUGCGGUCUACCUUACGUUCAACAAUCUGCAUCGCUCUGUGCGAUAUCUCCAGCGAAACGUACAUCUUCUACUAGUGAUCCCCGGGCCCCACGAGCCCAGCCUCGAGCAAUUGAACCACAUGCUUGAGCCUGUUGUCGAGGAGCUGAAGAGUAUAUACUCAGGGGUUCUACUGAAUGUCUUUGGAGAGCCGAGCCCGGUACCAAUGCAUGGAGCUGUUGAGUGCCACACAAGCGAUGCGCCGGCCUCAAGCAAGCUCAAAGGCACGGCGUCACACAGCCACAAGACACACUUGUGCGGGUACUGCAAAGUUGUGCAUGCCGAUUUGAAUACGGACGCCGGAUAUGAUUGCGAGAAGUUCACACUGCGGGAUGACUGGGAGAUGUUGUCGGCGUCGUUUCGGGCGAAAACGGCAACCUCCAAAGCCGAACGCAAAAGAAUUCUAGACAAGACAGGUAAACAAUACUCAGUGAUGGACGAGCUAACCGGGUGGCUUCCAGUUUCAACAUCAGCGAUUGAUUUCAUGCAUAAUUAUUACGAUACGCUGUCUUCAUGUACUAUACUUUCCACUACACGCACUGAUGAUGCAUUCCGAGGCAUGGCGUCGCAUAUGUUCAAUGAACUACUGAUAGGAGGCUACCUACUCGAUGCGGACGGCUGGUGCAAACUUCAGGCUGCGGUCAAUUCAAUACAAUGGCCGUCUGGGAUAGGACGACUACCGACAAAUCUUGGAGAAAAUCGUGGCCUUCCGAAGGCUGACCAGUGGCGACGCUGGGUGAACAUUCAAUGUACUGUGCUCUGGUUGGUAUGGAGAGGGGAGGACGACAAGAUCCAGCGGCACGCGCCCAAAAUCCCUCCCAAUGCGAAGAACAAACCAACUUUCGACCGCGAUCUUAUCAAGAUAUACCGUGUUUUUUUGUACGCAUCAUUGGCAGAGCGCAUCCUAGCGGCAAAAGCGAUAUCACACGAAGACGUUCAACACGGACAUCACUUUCUCAGGUGGUGUUGCAAGGAGAUGGUCAUGCUCGGGGUUCAUCUAGUGCCGAAUUUCCACUAUGCCAUGCACUACCCCCAAUUUUUCCGACUCUUUGGGCCGGUCUACGCGUGGUGGCUAUUUGCGCACGAACGCUUCAACGGGGCCCUUGAGAAGGUGAAUAUGAACGGACAUGCAGAUGGCGAGAUGGAGCUCUCGCUAAUGCGCAACUGGAUUACAAAACAUCGCCUUCACGAGCUGAUAUCUGCACUGCCUGCUGAUGCGACGCCGGAAGAACAUGCCCUCCUUGAUCGCAUCUGUACAGAACAGGGUGCCGUCCGUGGGACGCUGCGCACACAGAUCGCGGUCUUCGCGCGCAGCUCUUCAAUCAUUUUGAAACCCAAACACGUCAAGAAACCAACGAACCUGCGCCAGCUUCCCCAUUCCAACAUAUACCGCCUCCUUCUGGACUACAUACGCACCCAAAAUCCGACUCUUAUUAUCGCUGACGAUAUGACCAACACUUGCGACCACGAUGCUAUCUUUCUAGCUGACGGCUCAGCAAAACUCCUCCCCUUCAUAUGCAAAGAUGGCCUCCGCUUUGGUUCGACUGCGGACAGUCGUACACAAGCUGACUCGUACGGGUGCGUUGACUUCCCUGACUGUCGGACUCCAUUCCAUCUUCUCUAUCACUUCGAGGUCACCAUUGCCAGGUGCAGCUCCACUGAACUAGGGAUGUAUGUCGUGCACGCAGAUCGCCUCGCCCCAAUGGAGGUCGUCAACACAUCUUGUCUCUCAGCCGCGGUUGCCAUUGUGCCCAUCGCGAGCAACGUGCGCGGCCCGGCCUCCCCAAUUUGGGUUGUGCACUCCUUUGAUCGAGUAAGGACUUUGUUUGCUCUCGAUGGCAUGCCCUCCAUUAUUUGUAACACACAUACAGACUGGCAUCGAGCCUGA